AGAGAAUAUAACCUGGUACUCACAGAGGUGCCACUAGCACACAUUCCAGCUGCUCUGGGGAUACUUAGGAACUAGCAGCACCCAUCCACCCAUCACUGCUGAUUUCUGUGCACAUUGCACGGAGUGCAAGAAGAAUAUGGAGGGGUUCCCUUCAGUGUUUUAUAGUGAACCUGCGGUUCUCGGGCUCCUCGCAAAUGCCAUCAGCGCCUUUCUCGUCUGCAUGCAAAACUUCUCCUUUUUCAACACCUCUAUACUUCCCAGUGGAGUGGAUAACAUUCUUGCAGGUGUUCAUCUGAUCCUGAUUGGUGGCAUAGCACAGCUUGUAGCCGGAUUUCUCUCCUUUCGAAAGUACGACCAUCUUAGUGGCACUUCCUUCAUUGCCUUCUCAGCAUUGUGGAGCAGCUAUGGUGCCACUCGCAUUGUUGUUGGAAGAGAUUCCAUCCUACCGAUCACCACUAAUACAUCAAGUGUUGCUGUGCUUCCCGUGAACGAGAGUGCAGUGGCAGGGCUAGUUGCCUAUAUUUUUAUUGCAUUCAUCUUAUCGUUCUGCUCUGCCACAGUUAAUUAUAUUAUGCCCUUUGUAUUUGGUGCAAUAACCCUAACACUGAUAUUUGAGGCUGUGGGGCUAUUUGGCAACUGGGCACUAGUAGUAUCAGGAGUCAUUGAGUUAAUUAUAGUUUUGUGUGGACUGUAUGGAGCUGCAGCUCUUCUACUGAAGGGAAUUACUCAGAGAUAUGUCCUACCAGGCUUUGGUAAUGCUCUCUUCAAUGUCCUUCUCUUGGGAUCAGCAAACCGUAACUCUUCCUCUACAGCUGGAGAAGAGAAGAAGAAAAACACAAAGUAUGCUGAGCCUAUGGCUCUAGGUUACUUGUGUGACACCAUAUCUCCCUUCAUAAUGGCAUUCUAUAGCUUUGGAUAUAUUCAGUCAUUCUAUGUGGGUGCCAUAUGGGUCAGCAUUAAUGUACUCUCCCAGCUGUGCUCCAGUUAUUACAGCUACCUCCGACAGGAUGUUUACCACGCCACCAAAUUUGCAUUCCAUGGGACAUUCUGGCUGGUUAAAUCAUGGGAAGAGUUUAUUUUAACAGUAGUUCUGAAAGGAACCGGAGCCAAAAGUAGAGAAGCACUGGUUGGUGACUGGUUCUUUCUGGCAGCUGCUUGUAUAUUCUGCUUCAUGUCUUUAAAUAAAGACGUGCUAGAAUUGUCCCACAAUAUUUCAUUUGCCUUAAUCAUGGUGUCAACUAUACAGCAGAUACCUAGCCAUGGUGGGUACAUAUUCUUUGGGGUUACCUGCAGCAUAUUUACAGCAGUUUCCCUGUACACAACUUUUGCCACUCUUGUUAAUUCAAUAGCAGAGAAAGUCCUCAUCCCAAUUGGCAACAUAGUUAUGUCAAGUGCAAAAUUUCAGGACAUCUUGGCUCUGGGCAGGCGCUGUCUUGGAAAGACUGGAAAAGACUUAAAAAACAUUGAAAAUCCCUCCUCCCGAGCUUCAGAUCCUCUGUUCUACCUUUGCAAUGGCCUGGCAUCCCUUGCAGCAAUUCAAAACACCCUAACGGAUCCUACCCAGGCCUACCUAUCCAUUUCUUGGGUUUUAAUACCUGGCGCCAUAAUGCAGCUCUAUGUCUGUAGAAUUGAUGUCCAAGGAGGUAGAAGAUUUGGAUCGGUCCUGCCUUUCUGCUACUCUGCUGUCUGGGCAACUUGGGUCUGGCUGCGUUUUGCAGGAUCUUCACUUGGGAUCACAGCAAAUAGUGAUGGUGGAUUUACAGCUGGUGCCAUUGCUUUCCUAAUAAUCAACAUAUUCUUGAUCACUUUAGCUGCUCAGUCAAACAUUGUCCAGUUCCUUGUCACACUGGUGAUGGAGGUGGUAAUUGUCUGUUUCCUUCUCUUUACCUUGGAAAGACUGCCCCUUCCACUUGAGAUUGCUGUGCUUUCAGUCUUCAGUAUCCUCUGCCUCUACGGUUUUCUGGCUUCCUUUGCAAACAGUCUUUUCAACAAGGAGCUCAUAGCGAUGGGACCUGCUAUCUUUAAGAAGCAAGAGCCACAAAAAGAGGAGUUAGUCUCAAGCUCGUGUAUCUUACCACAGUCCCGCCGUACAAGCAGUUUGAGAACAAUUGCUAAUAUACUUGAUAAUGGAGGAGUGUGUGGGAUUCCCACUGACACUGUCUAUGCUCUGGCAGCUUCCUGCAAGCAUCCAGAAGCUAUCAACAGGAUUUACUCCAUCAAGGAACGCCCAUCAGAAAAGCCUAUCUGUAUCUGCAUUUCCAACCUUGAUCAGCUGAGGGUCAUCAGUCCCCCAUUCAGCCCCUUGCUGUGGAGGUUCAUGGAUCUUGUAUACCCUGGAGGCAUAAGCUGCAUAGUACAGAAAGGAGAAUGGCUAAAAAAAUUAGGUGUGGGACCUGCCUACGAACGGGUCGGAACUAAUGACUCCAUCAUGAUACGGGUCCCAGAUCACUCAGUCACUGCUCAUCUCACAGACAUGACUGGGCCUUUAGCUAUCACAUCUGCCAAUCCAAGUGGAGAAAGUGAUAGCACCCAUCAUGAUAUGGUGAUAACGCGACUGAGUGACAAGCUGGAUGCAGUUCUGUGUGAUGGAUUCUCCAAUGAGCUUGUGGGUUCUACAGUUGUAAAUUGCACUAAAAUAGAUGAAGGCACCAUAAAAAUCCUACGUGAAGGCUGCGUGCCAACCACUAAGAUCAUGCAACUGUUUGAGCGAGCCAAGAACACACAGGGGGAUUUGUAGGUCUCGCAGUAAUAGAAGUUUAUAACCUAAUAAUAUGUGUUAGAGCCCUGCUGGCAGGGUUUAGGAAACUUGAACUGUUGGCCAUGAAUGGUCAUUUAUUUAACUCUUUUAUUAUAUUCAUAUUUAUUUAUCAUUUUGCUCUAUUACAUAAAUUGGUUUUAUAGUAAAACAUUACCCAUGUUUACAGAAUGCUAAAUGUUCUUAAAUGAUGACGGUGAUUUAUUUUAAAAUGAUCUUUUAUACAAAAAAAUAUACAAACAAAUGAUUUGUAGAAGCAACACUUUUUCUAUUGUGUAUAAUUGGAAAACCCUAUUGGUCCUAUUACAGUUAUCUGUAUAAUAUAGAUAAUCUUAUUGUCCAGUUCAUUGGGACAGUUGUACUUCUGCAAUGUACAUGUCAGUAAUUCUAUGUUUUAUAUUCUAUUUAUUACAAUUCUUAUCUGUCGAACCCAUAACAUGUCAUAUCAUAUAUAAUGUAUGGUGCCAAAACAAAAGUACCUUUUUUUUUACCUCAAAGCAAACUGUGAAUGAUAAUUCUUAUUUGUUUCACAUAACUUGAUUUGUCACUGCUUGUUAAUUGUAUAUUUUAGUGUUAAUUAAAAAAAUGGUAUUUAUUUCUAAAAUCCUUGAAAUCAUAUUCACAAUGUAAUAAAAAUGUGCCAAAUAAAGUUUUGCUGAAAAAA